AUGAAUAUAAGAUGCCGUCCAACCCAUCCCAUUGCACAUACAACUUCAAAAGGCAAUAUGAAUUUUCUCCUUUCAUUCUGCUUUUGCCUCUGCGUUUCUCGUUUGCCAUCAUUCGCAACUCCAGCUGUGUUAUUUCAGGGGUUCAAUUGGGAUUCAAGUAAAAAAGGAGGAUGGUACAAUUCCCUCAAGACCACCAUUCCCGAACUCGCUAGCUCUGGAAUUACCCAUGUCUGGCUUCCUCCUCCUUCCCACUCUAAUGCAACUGAGGGAUACGACCCGGGAAGGCUAUACGAUCUCGAUGCAUCAAGCUAUGGAAAUAAGGACGAAUUGAAGUCCCUGAUUGCUACAAUGCAUGAGAAGGGAAUCAAAGCCAUCGCUGAUAUUGUGUUAAACCACAGAUCAGCUGUCAAACAAGACGAGAAUGGAAUAUGGAGCAUCUUUGAAGGUGGAACAGAAGACGGACGUCUUGACUUCAAUGCCUCAUUGAUCUGCAGAGAUGACAAUGACCAUCCUUUUGGAACUGGAAAUCCAGACACAGGGGACAACUUUCCUUACACUGCUGAUGUGGACCACACCAAUCCAAGGCUACAAACCGAGCUCUCUGAUUGGUUGAAUUGGUUGAAAACUGAUAUAGGGUUUGAUGGAUGGAGGUUGGAUUAUGUGAUUGGAUAUGGCUCCAGCUUCACCAAGCUCUACAUGGAAAAGACUUCACCAGAAUUUGCAGUUGCUGAGUAUUGGCGUUGGAACAUAUCAAAAGGGCAGGAUGGCAAACUUGACAAGAACCAAGAUGCACAUAGGAAUGAAAUAGUGAAUUGGAUCGAGGCUGCUGGUGGCGUUGUCACGGCGUUCGAUUUGACAACCAAGUACAUCUUGAAUGUUGCUGUGGAGGGUGAGCUAUGGAGGCUCAAGGAUUCUAAUGGAAAACCACCAGGGUUGAUUGGGAUCAAACCAGAAAGUGCUGUAACAUUUAUUGACAAUCAUGACACUUGGUCUCAGGGACUUUUGCCUUUCCCAGAUGACAAAGUCCUGCUUGGAUAUGCUUACAUUUUCACCCAUCCUGGGACCCCAAGCAUAUUCUAUGAUCACUUCUUUGACUGGGGGUGGCCAAAGGAGCCUAUACGCAAUUUGACUGCAAUUAGGGCAAGGAAUGGAAUAAAUUCCGGGAGCAGUGUGACUAUUUUAGCUGCAGAGGCUGAUCUAUAUAUGGCCAACAUUGAUGACAAGAUUAUCAUGAAGAUCGGGCCAAGAUUGGACCUUGGAGACCUUGAUCCCACAAAGUCAAACUUCCAUGUUGCCACCAGUGGACAAGACUUCGCUGUUUGGGAGAAAAAUUGA